UAGAAAUCAGUUGGCCUUUAGAAAAGUGUCGUAUACGCCCGUGUCGUCGGGCCCCUCGUGAAGAAUGGCUACCUGGUCAAGUUUGCGCCCUGCUUUAUCAUCUCACGCUCUCCGCGUCAUUAAAGACAUGGGUUUUCAUUCUCCCACACCUGUACAACGCAGCACCCUUCCUGAGUUUAUGAGCAACAAAGAUGUAGCUGUGGAAGCGGUGACAGGAUCAGGUAAAACCUUGGCAUUUGUCAUUCCUGUUGUAGAGGGCCUGAAGACAAGGCAGAAGAAGUGGACAACAGGGGAGACUGGGGUUGUCAUUAUUACUCCAACUAGGGAACUGGCUGCCCAGGUGUGUGAGGUGUGCAGGAGUUUCCUCCCGCCUGGCCUGGUAGCCAGGCUGAUCAUUGGUGGCAGAGAUGUGGAGCAGGAUGUAGCUGAUGUUAAUGAGGGUGCCUCAACAGUUGUUGUGGCAACUCCGGGGCGACUGCUGGUACUGCUAUCUCGAAAUGAUUGCAAACUGGCUCGUCAUGUACAAGCCCUUGUAAGUUUUCUUGAACUCUCUUACCACACAAUACCACAUGUAAUUGCAGGAGUACCUUAUUCUGGACGAAGCUGAUAGACUUUUGGAAUUGGGGUUCCACCAAAGUCUGACUUCCAUUCUGCAAUAUCUUCCAAAGCAGCGCAGAACAGGCCUCUUCUCAGCUACUCUCAACUCUGACGUGAGGCAACUGGUGACUGCAGGGCUGAGGCAUCCAGUAGCAAUAUCAGUUAGAGAACCAGGCCAGGAUCCACAGGCCACACCAGUCCCAAACACCCUCCUCAGCUACUUCAUAGAGUGUGGGGCUGACCAGAAACUGGGUACUCUGGUGGCUCUAUUGACUGCUCUGCAGAGCAAGAAGAUCAUUGUCUUCUUCUCCACCUGUGCCUCAGUCAGCUAUUUCUCGUCCCUCGUGUCCCGCCUCUCUCCACAGCUCCUAGUCAUGGCACUCCACGGCCGCAUGCAUGGCAAACGAAAAUGUGUAUUUGACCGUUUCUCAGCUGAAGAAAGGUGAGAGGAAUUGAGAUUAUCCAAAGUCUCUGUUUCAUGUGAUUUCAGUGGCGUUCUGAUGUGUACGGAUGUGGCAGCUCGUGGUGUAGAUUUCCCAGCAGUUCACUGGGUCCUCCAGUAUGAUCCUCCAUCCUCUGCCAAUAUGUUUGUGCACCGGAGUGGGCGAACGGCACGCAUGGGACAAGAAGGACACUCACUCCUCUUCCUUACUCCCAGCGAGACCAGUUAUGUUGAGUUUCUUAGACUCAACAAAGGGUUGGCGCUGCAGUCUUAUCCUUGUCCCACCGCUCCGUGUCUCAGGGACCGUGCUAGGACCAUUAUUUGUCAGGACAGAGCGCUCCACCAGAUGGGUAUGAGAGCUUUUGUCUCCUUUGUACGCUUCUACUACAAGCAUGAAUGCAAACUGAUAUUCCAGGCCCGAGCCCUGGACCUUCUGGAGCACGCCCGGGGCUUUGCUCUCCUCCAGCUGCCAAAGAUGCCAGAACUGAAAAAACUGGACACCUCCUCAUUUGACCCUCUCCCAGUUCCUCCUGCCAGUGACCCUCAUGGCUGGGACAACAGGAAGAGAAAACAUGGUUCUUCCACACUUACUGAGGGAGGAUGUCGUGGUAGAAAGGGACAUUCACAGAGUUAUGUCAAGAGGCAGAAUAAGGCAUCAAAGACGUCUCGAAGUAGAAAGAAGCGACCCCAUGAGUUUGAGGAGGAUGAGCUAGAGGAACUGGCCAGAGAUGCAAGAGCUCUCAGGAAGUUCAAGAGAGGAAAAAUUUCAGAGGAAGAAUUGGACCAACAACUGCACAACAACAGAUGAUUAUUGUUGGGCCACGCCCACUGUAAUGCACGUGCACUGCACGCGCUGCAACAUGGCGGACCGGGAAUACAACGUGUACCAGGCGAAGUUAGCAGAGCAGGCGGAGCGAUAUGACGGUAUUAUACAGUUUCACUGAUCUUUGGAGGGCACAUGAUAUUCCCGGUGUUGCAGAGAUGGUGUUGGCGAUGCGCCGUGUAGCGUCGCUGGACGUAGAGCUGAGUGUGGAAGAGCGAAAUCUGCUGGCAGUGGGCUACAAGAACCAAGUAGGGACACGCCGUGCCUCGUGGAGAGCCGUGACAAACAUCGAGCACAAAGAGAAGAGGCAAGAGGGAGUGAGUGUGUACUGCAGCACACCAUACUCUCGACGCAGGCAGGGAAUGGGAGGGAAGCGACUCGCUGCCGUGAUCCAGUACCGAGAAGGAAUCGAGAAAGAGCUGCAGGACAUUUGUGGCGACGUACUGUCAGUGUUGGAGUCCCACUUGCUUCCCCAUGCCUCCAGUCAUGAGUCACAUGUCUUUUACUGCAAAAUGAAAGGUGAUUACUACCGCUAUCUGACGGAGGUUGCCAGGGGUGACGCUAGGAGGCAGGCAGCUGAACAGUCUCUACAGGCAUAUCAGACUGCUUGUGCUGUUGCUAAGGAACAGCUUAGCCCCACCCACCCAAUUAGGCUAGGAUUGGCUCUCAAUUUCUCAGUGUUUUACUAUGAGGUGCUGGGAUCCCCGGAGUGUGCCUGCACUAUGGCCAAGACAGCAUUUGAUGCGGCAGUGGGUGACCUGGGGCAGCUGGAGGAGGAGAGCUACAAAGAGACUACACUCAUCAUGCAGCUUCUCAGAGACAACCACAAACUUUGGGCCGCUGACAUUCAGAGCAACUCAUUAUCAUAAUGGUCAUUAUAAUGCUUAUUUCCAGCUA